GGGGUUCGCGGGGGGAAGCGCGUCCCCGAGCGGCGGCGGGAGCGGGAGCGACGGGAGCGGAGGGAGCGGAGGGAGCGAGAGAGCGCCGUCCGAGCAGCCCCUAACCCCGAGCGAGUGAGGGAGUGAGAUCCCCGGCCCCGGCGAGCCAUGUCCGAGGAGAAGCCCAAGGAAGGAGUGAAAACGGAGAAUGAUCACAUCAACCUGAAGGUAGCCGGGCAGGAUGGGUCAGUGGUCCAGUUCAAAAUUAAGCGGCACACACCUCUGAACAAAUUAAUGAAGGCCUAUUGUGAGAGACAGGGCUUGUCAAUGAGACAGAUUCGAUUCAGGUUUGAUGGACAACCGAUUAAUGAGACGGAUACCCCCGCACAGCUGGAGAUGGAAGAUGAAGACACGAUCGAUGUGUUCCAGCAGCAGACGGGGGGAGUGUGUUAGGCCUGCGGGCCGGAGCCCCCGGUGUCUUCCUCGGUCUUGGGAUUGGCUGGUAGAUAGGGAAUGGUGGGAUUCUUCCGCCCCUCUAGAGGACGCGGGUGCAAACUCUUUUCCUCUCUCUGCCUCACCGGCCGGAGUCUGUGCAACUGCCAACCAUCCCAGCGGGAACGACGCCACACCUCGAAUUGGGCCAAUGUGGAAUGUUCUCUUUGCUGAAGUAAAAGAUUCUUGCUUGUUUGUCCUCACUUUCCUUCCUUCUCUCUCCCCCUUUGCUUUGGGGGCCAGACGUGCUGGCCCCCCGCGCUUGGGAUGCUUCUGAUCAUGUAAAUACUCCGGUCUAGUCACAGCAGCGGGGGGGAGGGGGAGCGGGUGGGUGCCUGCCUUGUCAUCAGCUUAAUCAGGAUCCUACGCUGAUCGAUGUGCCGGGCUCCUGGAGGGAGGCGGGAGCGGGCUGCAGGGUGGGGUGGGGGUGGGGGGGUCGGAGGACCUGUUUGGAUGGACAGGUGGGGUAUAGCCCCAAAGCUCCAGCAGAUGCCCCUCCCCCCUGCCCUCAUGGGGGGGGGAGGGGACAGUUGGUCUGUGGGACAGAGAUGGGCCUGGUGCUUUGUGUCCUCUGAGUCCUGUCGGGUGAUCCAUGGGGGGGGUCUAUCCCCCUCCCCCCAGCGGCGCUUCCGCUCGUGUGAACCUGCCUGCUGAAGGUGGGUGGCUCUUUUCCUUUGGCCUUCCGUGUCUGUGGGCUCGGCUUGUCUCUUCUCGAUUUGUACGUCUUCUGUUGUCCUUUACUACUGUAUACAGUAAAUAUAGUUUGGUACUCUG